CACAAAACCCCUUUCCUCUUACUUUCCUUUAGCCCCGCCCCACAACCAAUUCUCUCACCCGAAAUCAUUCUCCUCCGCCGCGAAUGGCCGCCGUCGAUUUGCAGUUGCCUCCCGGAUUCCGAUUCCACCCCACCGACGAAGAACUCGUCAUGCAUUAUUUGUGCCGGAAAUGCGCUUCUCAGUCCAUUGGCGUCCCGAUUAUCGCAGAAGUCGACCUCUACAAGUACGAUCCUUGGGACCUGCCAGGUUUGGCUUUGUAUGGCGAGAAGGAAUGGUACUUCUUUUCGCCCAGGGACCGGAAGUACCCUAACGGGUCGAGACCGAAUCGGGCGGCCGGGAGUGGGUAUUGGAAGGCAACCGGGGCGGACAAGCCCAUCGGGCACCCGAAACCGGUUGGUAUAAAGAAGGCUUUGGUGUUUUACUCCGGCAAGGCCCCGAGAGGCGAGAAGACUAAUUGGAUCAUGCACGAAUACCGCCUUGCUGAUGUGGAUCGCUCCGCCCGCAAGAAAAACAACAGCCUUAGGCUGGAUGAUUGGGUGCUGUGCCGCAUAUACAACAAAAAAGGUACAAUCGAGAGGCAGCAGGAGAACGUCAGCAGCCGGAAUAUGGCGAGCGCAGUGACGUCAGAGGAGGAUAUUAAGCCCGUCGGCCUGACGUCAGUCCCGGAGGCUCCGCCCUUGGCGUACGAGGACUUCGUCUACUUCGACCCAUCGGAUUCCAUCCCGCGGCUGCACACGGACUCAAGCUGCUCCGAGCAUGUGCUGUCUCCGGAGGUGGAGAGCGCGCCGAAGCUGGCGGAGUGGGAGAAGUCCGCCAUCGAAUUCCCGUUCAGCUACAUGGACGCCGGUAACGGCGCCUGCACGCUGAUGAGCUCGCAGUUUGAGGGGAAUUAUCAAAUGGAUCCGAUGAACGACGUGUUCACAUAUAUCACCAAGCCAUUUUGAAGUGGGACCCAUUGGGUUUGUCGCACGUGGCACAGGAGACUAUGUGGAGUCUAUGAGUGUGCACGUGCGACCGCAGGGUCAGUGUACUCUAGUGAUUAGUGUUAGUAAUUUGUAUUAGAAUGGUAAUUUGGGGGUGGUCUUUAAGUGUUAGUAAUGUCAAUGGAUUUUGCUCUUAAUUUUGCAAAAGUGUUAAUAGAAAUGGAAUUUUGUGUUAUGCAAAUCCAUUUUGUUUAAGGU